AUGGCGCCAUUAGUAAUAGAGGGCAGUACCUUAGGUCAGAAACACCGAAGCUACAAUAAUAUUGUUAACGACGCAAUAAAGGACAAACUCAAUCAAGAAGUAGCAGACAUUAAUUAUGAAGAAUCAGACCUGGACAAUCUCUUUAAAAUAGAUAUAGCUUGCAAGAACCGGAAUGUUGAGUACAUUUUGAAGAUACUAAAAGGCGCAGAUAUGCUCUACAUAUCUCGAGCUAUUAAACGAUCUACUUGGCUAAUAACUGAUCCACAGUACGCUUACAUCGUUAACCCAACUUAUUUAUUUACUGAACUUUUUCCACAAAUGACCUCCAAAGCUAUUAAUAAAUUUAUAUUGCAUAUUAGAUUGAACUUAAAAGAUGAAAAACGUGUCGAAGAAUUUUUUAACUACUAUAAAGAACAAGAUUUACAAACCGCUUUCAAAUGGUUGCCUCAUUGUUCUACUAAAUUUAUUGAAAAUGUUAUAGAAAAAAACGCUGACAAUAUACCAAAUCGUCUAUUAACACGCUUAUGUGAUAAAUCAAUAUCGUUUCUAGUAAUUUUCUUUAAACAUUCAAAAAAUUAUUAUAAGAAUGAAAUUUUGUCAUCGACGAUGUUUCUCUUGAGAAAUAAUGCCGAAAAGUAUUUAGAUAUUGUAGAAGGAAACCUUGAUAAAAAUAAUCAUUAUUUUAAGCCAAAAUUUACUAAAAUAAUUAUGACAAAAUGUGGGGACAGAAUAAAGAAAAAUUUCGAACUAUACGCCAAUACCAUUCACAUACCUACUUUUGCUAAAUUCAUCAAAAAAGAAGAAUCAAAAGAUUUUAUACUAAAACAUAUAAAUAACGCGAAAUUAAAGUCAUUGUUUACAUAUGACAAAAUAAAGCCAUUAAUCAAUCGUUUACCUUUGGAAAACAGAUUUGAAUUAGUUAAGGAAAUAUUUAUAGACAAAAAAUAUAAAGAGGAACAAAACGACGACGAUGAUAUGGAAUUUGAGGAUGAUAUAGUGGGUUUCGGCGCAAGAUUUGCUUGUUCAGCUAUUGCAAUUCCAAAAAAGAAAAAUAUAUACUCCUGGUACCUCUAUGCUCCCUUUAAUACUGCUUUCGCACAAUUAAAAAAAAUCAUCCAUAAAGAAUCUAAUCCUACAGAAAGACUGGGCAUGUUUGGAGUACUACUGUCAUGUGCAAAAAAUAACAAGCAAGAUAUAUAUACACUGCUUAAAUAUUAUCGAGAAAAUCAUAUAAACGAACCGUUUAAAUUUAAAAUCCAAUUUGUAAAUCAUCUGCUCAGGACGACAACGAUGCAUACAUUCGAUAAAGUAGCUUGGGGAUAUCUGAACGAUUUGUUCAUUAGCAUGGAGGUGUACACAGAAUCUGGUAAUCAGGAAAAUGUACAAUCUUGUAUUAAGUCAAUAAUUCUGUACAAAGUAAUUCAUGAUGAAGUGGUUCCAGAAAUAAUCGAAAAGAAAUUUGAAUUUGACACAUGUAAAGAGUAUGAGAAAAAAAUCACACAAGAGGAAAAUAAAAAGGUUUUUUCUUAUCUGUUCAAACAUAUAACUUUAAAAAUUGAACAGGACAUAAAAGAUCAAAAAAAGUUCACCGAGACUGCCGAUGUAUUGGAAAACAUACUACGCCUUUUACUCGAUUGGAAAAGGGAACUUCAAGAUUUCCCUCAGAUUCUUCAGAAAAUCAAAGAAAUUAUCAACCUUAAAAGAGUAAAUUCAUGGGACUAUGACAUUACAAAAUUAUACAAUAUCAAAAAAUCCUGGAGGAAACUCUUAUUUGCCGAGUCAAUUUUAUUAAAUCCUAAUCAAGAAGCUUGCAUCAAUGCUCUUAAACACGGACCAGAAGUUUUAGAAACAUACAAAACGGAAGUGGCAGUAAUUUGUCUUAGUAACAACUUACACAUAGAUCAGUUCUUGAAGAAAAUUAGGAUAUACUGGCCGGCCUCUUUACUAAACUAUUAUAAAACCAUAUUUUUCAAUAAUUUUAAUCAAAGAAUUAAGCAUAAAGCUCUGACCAGUGGUCUGUGUACUUUACUUUCCCAAAAUGAGCUCUUAAGCCUAGUAAAUAAAUAUGUGCCAACAGAAGGAAAAAUCGAUUGGACUCAACAUGACGAGAUAGAACUCAGCUUACGCAAACACAUAGCGACGAGGCUGCACUUAGCGAGACCCCAGCCCUCUCUCGCGAUUGCUUUGUCGUAUGCCAAAGGAGACUAUGUUCAAUAUAUAUUGCCGUCAUUAAAUGCAAUACUUUACAACAUGAGCUGUAGCUACGCUAGCGAGAAUAUAAAAAAGCUUCUCGACGCACCAGUAUCGUUGCAAAAACAUGGUAUACGCAUUUCCUCCAAAAAACUAAAGAAUAAAGAAUUAACGCAAUUAUAUUCUGAUAUCUGGAAAUUGAACAAAAAUAGUACUAUACGAUCUGUCUUGUUUUGUGAAACAUUUAAUAUUCUCUGUAAAGAGCGGGACCAAGACACUAUUAAAAUUAUAUGGGAAUUACUUAGCAUGUUCAUUGACAACUUGACUUCUGAAGAAAAUCAAAAUAUAUACAACAAACUCAGUAAAGUCCGAGAAGUUCCCGAGUGCGUUAGAGGAGAAUUCUGGAUGAAGAGUAAUAAAUUUUUAAAUUCUUUACCUACGAACGAUAAUUGUAACACUCUAAUAAAAGAGUUGCAGCAUGCAUUACCUGAAGUAUUAGAAUUUCUUGAAGAUGACUUUAUUACAGGAAUGCUUCUGGAAUCAUUAGAUAAAAAAAUUAGCACCGGUAAUUACGAUCGUUCUGAAUUGGUAGCUCAUUUUAUAUGGUUGUCUAAGUCUGAAGACUUACAAAUAAGGCGAUAUAAGAAAGUCUUAGUUCCCAUUUUGGAACGUUCAUUUGCCUUGUGGGAUACGAAGCAUCAGGACAAAUAUUUCGUAAGGUCUAAUUUGCAUAACAUAUGUAAAUACUUUUGCACUUUAUUUAAUAUAAUGUUUUUAGAUAAAAACAUGAAUAUUCCUAUAGCAGUUUUAUCAGACAUGAUGGAUAAAAUUCAAAGUAAUUUACCCCUGCAUGAAAAUUAUGUAUUGUUAUUAAGACUUAAACUAACAAUUACUAUUUGUAAAAUAGUCAGCAACGUUGUAAACACAAAAAAGGAUAUCAUAGUUAAGAUUAACCAAUCUGUAUUUCAGUCAUAUGAUAAAUGGCAACAGUUGUACAAGGAAGCCGCUCUUGACAUCGGUAGGGAUUGCGCGAAAUAUUUAAGGAAUGACGUUCAAAGUAUUUAUCCUACAGUUUACAAUGUUUUUGCAAAAGUUUUAUACGACGUAUGCACAGACUUACUUGUUGGUGUAAUUAAUAUUUUACUUAUUCAGAAAGCUAUUCUUGAAUCCAAAGAUUUUGUCGAAGGGCAUUUAUUAGUACUUCAAAUACUGCGAAUGCAGGUAUAUUAUCAAGAUGAAGUUAAAAAACUUGAAACGGAAUUACUGGACGAGAUUCAAAAGCAUCCUUCUGAAGAAGUAAAAAUUCACUAUUGGCAUUAUUGGCAAGAAUACAAAAUAAAUAAUAAU